AUCACAAACAAGAGCCAAACUGCUAUCAAGAUAACUAAUGGGAAAUCACAGCAGGAGAAGUACUGGUCCUCUGGGUAUUUACAUCAUUCCUCUGCUUCUGGUCGUCCUCUUCUCGUUGCCUGAAGACAAGAUGGUAGUGGUCGGAGCAGCUAGAGCUCCUUCUGCCGCCGCCGCCGCCGCCACGGUGGCGACGAGCAGUAUCGGUACCGGCGAUGAGGCUGCCGGCGGCGGGAGGAUAGUUCAUGAGGUGCGCAAAUUUGGGCGUGGGGUUAGGGGAAGUGUUUCGAGACCCACCGGGCACGGCAAUCAUCGCCCAUCGCCCUGCUGUUAUUGAGAUACAUAGAUUUCGGAGAGUGUUUAAUUAUAAAUGAAUUGCAUGAUCUGUG